UUUAUACUAUUCGAGAAACCUCGUUCGGUCAUUCCUGACUACCCAUGUUGAUCUGAGAAAGUCUCUCUACCCAUGGAUUCUUCGGAUUCUCGUUGAGCGCCACGUCCAUCUCGUUCCGAUACACUGCGCGGUCGGCAUACCACCAUCUCCACGGCGGACUUGCGCCGAGCCUCACUCCUGCUCUCGCCUCCUGUAUAUACAGGCAAUGAUUGUAAUUACUCCUCGAACCUGAGCAUCACAAUGGCUACUACCGAGCGAUCAACGCCGAAAUCCCCCCACUCCUCGUCCGACAGCGACGAGCGGCCUCCUUCCCCCGAAGCCACCCCCGAUCCGUCGUCGCUCCCCCAAGUGCUGAAAUCGAGAAAGUCGGAAUACCUUCGUCAGCAGUCGGUGCGCAUUAAGGUCGGGACAUGGAAUGUGGCCGCCAUCGCAGGCACGGAGGAGGACGUUGCGACGUGGUUCGUGCAGUGUAGGGGUAUCUGCGAGCAACUGUCUGGGCUGACAGUGUCGAACCCCGACGGGAAACCGGACGGCAAAAGACACGUCUCAGGCCCGGGCUCUGGACAUCGCCCCGAACCAGCGCCCGAAGAUGUCGGCCUUUUUGUCCUCGGCCUGCAGGAGAUCGUCGAUGUCUCGUCACCGACGGAAGCGCUGCGACCCUACGUGGACCAGGGUCCCGCAAGUAGGUGGAAAGCGGCGGUCCAGGAGGCCCUGCCGCCGGGUUACAAACUCGUCGCGGAGACCCAGUUAGUAGGUCUGCUGCAGUUGAUCUACGCAGCGCCGUCGCUGGCCGACAGCGUGUCGUCAGUUAGCUGUGUCAACGUCGGCACCGGGCUCCUGGGAUACAUGGGCAAUAAAGGCGCGGUGGCGACCCGUCUGACGCUCGGGGAGACCACCUGUCUCGUCUUUGUUAAUUGCCAUCUGGCGGCAGGGUCGGAUAAGGGGAGCCUGGAGAGACGGAACUGGGACGCUGCCCAGAUCGCUACCCGCGCUCGGUUCGAGCCCAUCGACUCCAGUAGGAGUCUCCGCGACGGCCCCGCCGAGACGAUCGGGCAGGAAGACUUUGCGUUUUGGUUCGGUGACCUCAAUUAUCGGCUCGAAGAUAUCCCCGGGGCCGAUGUGCGACAGGUGCUGGCUCGGCAUACGGAGAACGAGUAUGACAAAACGCACCAGUCGUCGCAUGGGACCAAAGAUCCGUCCAAUCCGUCCGAGGGUGCCGUAGACGAAGAUAAAACGCCGCCUACUCCCCCGUCGCCUGUGGAAGAUGAAGACAUAGACCCGCACUUUGAUCCGGCAUCCCUCCAGACCACCAUAUCAUCGCUGCUUCCCCAUGACCAGCUGCACCUGCAACAGAGCAACCGCAAAUGCUUCCACGAGGGCUGGCGAGAGGGAGAUAUUUCGUUCCUGCCGACGUACAAAUACGACGUAGGGAGCGUGGCGAGGUUUGAUUCGAGCGAGAAGAACCGCGGCCCCAGCUGGUGUGAUCGCAUCCUGUAUCGCUCGAAUAAGGACAUGCUCGACCACCAACGAUCGAUCAAGGAAGCCGAAGAGGCGCGAAAGCGCGACGAGGAGAUGAAAGCCAGGGGCGUGGACAAGGCCGUUGCCGACGACAGCGUCCUGUUUGACUAUGAUCCCGACGUGGACGGCGCCGAUAGCGGGGACGACUACUCUCCUGUCAAAGACCAGGCCAGUGAUAGUGAUUCGCUGUUCGCGCCACCCGACGACCCAGAGUUGGAUCCCCUCCACCUGGACUACUACCUUUCCCACCAGGGUAUUUUAUCGUCCGAUCACAAGCCGCUUGUCGCUGGAUUUACCAUUACUUUCCAGUCGGUGGACCCGCAGCUCAAAGCCAAGGUUCAUCAGGAAGUGGUGCGGGAGCUCGACAAGGCGGAGAACGAGGCGCGGCCCGGCCUCACGGUGGUGGUGGACCAUCACGGCGCGCCCAAGGGCGCCGAGUCGGAUGACCCCAACGCGGUCAACUUUGGCAACAUCGCCUUUGACGUGCCGGUGCGCCGGACACUGGUCGUGGCCAACACCAGCGGAGUCCCCGCCACGUUCUCCUUUGAGAAACCAGAACGGGACGAUGGACAUGACCACAGCAUGCCGUCCUGGAUUGACUACCGCGUAGACUCACCCGGCCACUCUUCGGCGGAGCACAAGGGUUCGGAGCCUCACGACUACAUGCUGUCUCCCGGAGAGCUAGCCAACAUUGAAGUGACGGCUCACGUCGGUAACAUCGAACUGGUCCGGAUGCUCAACGACGGGCAGAUCAAGCUAGAGGAGAUCCUGGUCCUGCGAGUCGCCAGCGGCCGCGACCAUUUCAUCUCCGCAUUUGGGCGGUGGCUGCCCACGUGUUUCGGCCGCAGCCUGGAAGAGCUUACCGUCAUGCCCGAAGCGGGGGCGCGCACGCUGCCAGCGGUAAAGCUGGCCGACCAGCCGGACCACAAGGUUCCGCUGUCGGCGCCCCGCGAGCUGUUCCACCUGACAGACGCUAUCUCGGAGCUGACCGAGCGCGCCGUCGCGGAAUGGAGCAUGACGCGAGGCGAAUCGGAGGAGACCCCACCGUGGUGCCGGGAGCCUGCCGGGUUUGGGUGGCCUUUCGCCCCGGAGACCUGGACGCUGGAGGACGGCGAGGAGCGCACGCAUUUGCUGGUCUCUGCCCGAGAGGCAAUGGACACCAACCAGCCCUUCAGUGCAGUCUUCGCACCAGAGGUCUCGUCCCUGCACCGACUAGAGGCUCUAAGCGAGACGCUCGUAAUGUUCUUGCAGUCAUUGAAAGGCGGCAUCGUCACAGCGGACGUCUGGCGCAAGCUCGACGAGCAGAUCGUCGCCCGGGAGAAGUCCAAAACCCCACCGAUGUCCUGGGAGGAAUCCCAAGCCUGGGUGCUGGAAAACCUCGCCUAUUCCCCAGCCCACAGCAUCUCCUUCACCUUCGUCACAUUCAUGCUCGCGCGCAUCGCCAACGAAGUGGCCCCAUCCUCCGCCAUGCUAGCGCGCUCUACCGCGGCAGCCAAACAGCAAGACCUAAGCAAUCCCGACACCUCCACAUCCACCACCACCCCUCCAACCAGCGGCUCCUCCGCCGCCGCAGCGGCUAGCUUCAUCGCGGGGGGCAUCCGGCGCAAGCGCACCUCCACCUCCGCCUCCCAGGGGGCGGUGAACCCGCUCGCCGUGCGCCGACAGGCCGUCGAAGCUGGACUGUCCGCACUCUUCGCGCACUUCCUCAUCGCGUCAGGGGGAACCACGCCUAGCAAGGAAAAAGAGCGUCGCGCGGUAGACGAGCGCAAACGGAGUAUCAUCGAGCCGUUUUUGAAGACGAUCGGAGUGGAUAACAAUGGGCCGUCUGGGGGGAUUUCAUAAUCCCCUUCUCCUAUCGUUCCUCUCUUCUUUCCUUUUUUUUUUUUCGAUUUUGCCUUGUCGUGGCCAGUUGGCUCAGCUGAGACUGGACUUGCGCUUUUUUAUUCGGAAAUAGAGCUGUAUAUUAGUGCUUUAUAUUUUCCGUGCUGAUUAGAAGGGGCUGUUCGGGUAUAUUGGUGGUUUACUAAAGUCAGGUAUUAGUAUAGACGAUUGGGUUUGGAUGGAUGUAUAUAGCUAUAUACAGCUUAUGAAAAUGCACAGCA